AUGGAUUCAGGGCACCGUCAUCGUUGCAAUCUUCUGUACCACCUACAUGCUCUGCUUCGUUCUGGAACCCUGUCGGCUUUACCUUGGAUAUGCCGGCAAUCUUGGAGAGAAGGUGCCAGAGCUCUUCCUGUUUGUCUUUCUUUGCAUGGGAUGUGUCGCCAUCCUGCUCACAAAGCUUGUCUUGUGCGAGCUGAUGGAGUCUCUCCAACCAGGCAAUUGCAGCAUCGCUCCAGAUUUGCCGUGCAUUCUUCCGAUGGAGCAGGCGUGCUGGAUUGUUCGGCUUUGCCUUUCUGUCUGCGAACUUGUUCUCGGCAUCCUCACGCUGCGGAGGACACUUUGCUAGCAGACCCUACGUGCUUUUGGCCGGCAGUGUCAAACGUGAAAGGCUGA